CCGGCGCGGGAGGCGGCCCGGGGCUCCGCGGAGGGCUCCAGCAGGUGUGUGCUGCCGGCUCAGCAUCCUCCUAGCCCGGCGGGCGCCGGCGCAGCUCUGGGCGCAGAUGGUGUCCCGAGGCCCGCGGCCCCCGCGCUGCCCGGACGCCCAGCGUUCCACUCGCGUUUCCCGGGCUGUGUGAUUCGGGCUGCUGGGGCUGCCUGGGGGUGCCUCCCGGGUCUCAGCUCUAAGGGGUGGGUGCUUUGGGCAUCCAGGAAAAGCUUUCUUGUUGGAGACCGGUACAGGAUCAGGUGCAUCAAGUGGGUUGAAGAAAUAUGGAUACCAACACCAUAUUGGUCAUCAGCGCUGGUUUUACCAGCUUUUUCACCUUUCAGCUUCUUUUCCACUUUGUAAGUUAUUGGUUUUCAGCAAAAGUUUCUCCAGGUUUUAAUAAUCUCAACUUCGAAAAGAAGAUUGAAUGGAACUCAAGGGUAGUGUCUACAUGUCAUUCUUUGGUGGUUGGGGUUAUUGGCUUGUACAUUUUCUUGUUUGAUGAGGCUACUAUUGCUGAUCCACUUUGGGGUGAUCCAUCUCUUGUGAAAGUGAAUAUUGCUAUUGCUUCAGGCUACCUCAUUUCUGAUUUGUUGAUUCUCAUUUGGUAUUGGAAAGUGAUUGGUGACAAGUAUUUUAUAAUUCACCAUUGUACAGCGCUGUAUGCAUACUACUUUGUACUGAGGGAUGGAGUGCUGGGAUACAUUGGGAAUUUUCGCCUGCUUGCAGAACUUUCCAGCCCUUUUGUGAAUCAGCGGUGGUUCUUUGAGGCUCUGAAGUAUCCUAAGUUUUCCAAGGCUAAUGUCAUCAAUGGAAUACUCAUGACUGUGGUGUUCUUCAUAGUGCGGAUUGCCUCAAUACCUCCUUUUUAUGGCUACAUUUACUCUGUGUUAGGAACGGAAGCCUACCUGAGGCUUGGAUUUUUAAUUCAAUGUUCCUGGAUCUCUACUUGUGUUGUUUUGGAUGUAAUGAAUGUCAUGUGGAUGAUCAAAAUUUCAAAGGGGUGCAUCAAAGUCAUCUCUCUCAUAAGACAAGAGAAAGCCAAAAAGAGUCUUCAGAAUGGAAAACUUGACUGAAAGUGGGCUAUUGAUAAGCAUACUUCAUUACUACCCACAUUAUAUCUUCUGAUAGGUUGAAUUCUUGGCAUGUUCUUGUGCUUCUUUAUUAAUUAUACUUGUUAU